AACCGAACGUCUUAUUGAGUCGAACUCCCUCCUUAUCACUAUCAAGUGCUGUCGACAUCGUCGAAUCAUGGUGGAUGCCUUUGAGGUAGAGCCUCCAGCUACAACCAUCAACUACGCUGCAUUGCCAGCUCUUCCACCCAUUCUAGACUUUAGCCUUGCUCUUCAAUGUACGACUCAUAAGAGCUGGUGGACGAGGGGCCCGAAACAGAUCCGCAGCAAGAACCCUUGUCCGAGGGGUAAGAACGCUUUCGAUCUGAUGAAAGGGCUGGGGAUGAGUGCGUUGGACUUCCAGACCCAAAUACUCGUCAAGAGAUACCCGUGGAAAGGCGCAAAAGAUGGUCGGACCGGAUCUACCAGUGGCUGCUGAAGGGGUUUCUCGACAGAUCUUUAGCGACGCUUUCGCGGCCCAUAUCGGCGGAUUGCUGAAGAGCGAAAUCGUUGAGGGCUCUGUCAGUCAAUGGAUCAAGGAGCUAUUGUCAGCGAACGCCUGGCCCGAUUUAGGAGAAGCGAGCAUCAGACAACAACGCAGGCAUGAGAAAAAGCUUAAGAGGGCUGCUGCCAAGGCACUGAGACUGGCUCAGAAGUCUCGGCCGAAGAAGCGUUCUUCAGCGGCGAAGCCGCAGGGAGCCAUCGGCAACGCAACCGAAAAUCCCGUAGCUUUGAACGGGAGGGCGACUUUGCCCGAGGCAGGAGCCGCGGAUGUCAAGCAGGAGGAAACGAAUGCUAGGUCUACAGGGACAACAAAGGUGGAAACGAUGACCAAGUCGGAACCGGACAUCGAGCCGAAAGUCAGGGUUAAGCAUGAAGUGAAAGUCAAGCAAGAGAUGCUGUAGAUUGCUCGUGCGGGUGGGCCGCUUCAAGUACGUA